GCGUGAAACUACUCGAGGCCUGUUGACUGCGGUUGCACAUCAGGUUGCCAUACUGAGCUGCACUAUGAAAGUUUUGGCCAAUCAGAAUUGAGGAACAAUAAUUGCCAUUGGAAAACAUAUUCCUAACCUAAAUAUUACUAAUAUGUCAAAUUUGUGCAGAACUCGCGACGUAGGUGUUUAACACUAAAAUAAUUAAACAAUAUAUUUUAUAAAAAAAGAUUUGUUAAAAUGGAUACGUAUUAUUAUAUUUACACCGUGAUAAUAUCAGCAAGUUAUUUAUUUUUGCGAAAGCGUAAGCAAAUAAAAAAAAACGAUUAUGGAUACGACCUAUAAAUGUACGUCAACCACUAUUUGGUGAUUUCCAACAUCUUUUUCAAGAACUGAAAGAAGAUAGAACAAAGUUCUUCAAAUAUACGAAAAUGAAUCUGUUCACUUUUAAUAAGUUAUUAGAUAUAUUACGACCUCACCUAGAGAAAAGAAAUUGGAGAGCAUUACCGGCAGAACAGCGGCUUAUUAUUAUACUCAGCCGUAAACAAAGAAUCAGUAAUGGAUCGAUAUAAUGCAAUAAUUCUGGCAUUAUUAGAGGAUGAUAUUGUACACAGAAAUGUAGUAGGCUAUUUAGCAGAGGAAUUGCAAGAACAGUUACCAAAUGGUUUCCAUAUUCAAGAACGUGGUGUUCGUAAUAAAAAUAGAAAUUAUUAUGAAGUAAUAAUUCCAUUAUACAAUGACAUCGUUUUUAAGGAACAUUUUAGAAUGUCUACAAGAGCUAUAGAAGAGUUAGCAAUUAUGAUUGGCAAUGUCAUAGCAAAUCCAAAUCAUGUAGCGCCAUUAAGAAAAAAAAUCCUAUUCACCAUUUGGGUCUUAGCUAAGCAGGAAAGUUAUCUCGCAGCUGGAGAUAGAUUUGGGUUUGCAAAAAGUACCGGUCAUAAUAUAGUAAAAGAUAUUGUAAAUACAUUGGUGCAAUUAAUGCCAAAUGUUAUUGUAUGGCCAAAUAGACAAAGCUGUAGGGCGUCAUCUAUUAUUUUUGAACAACGUUCACGUGGGUUCCCUGGUGUUGUAGGUGCAAUCGAUGGAUGUCAUAUAACAUGUAAGGCGCCACCACACAAUGCAAACGAUUAUUAUAAUAGGAAAGGAUCUCAUUCAAUUAUCUUUCAAGGUGUAUGUGACCACAAGGCACGUUUUAUAAACAUAUAUGUCGGAUUGCCAGGACGCAUGCAUGAUGCCCACGUAUUUAGAUGCAGUAAUUUAUAUCGACAACUAUCAAAUGCAGAAAAUCCGUUAUUACCACCGGAUUUACAUUUGAUUGGAGAUGCAGCAUAUCCUUUGCUGCAAAAUGUAAUGACGCCAUUCCGAGACACAGGUCAUUUGACAAGAGCACAAAUUGUUUAUAACAUGAAGUUAGCAAAAAUACGCAAUAUUAUAGAAAGAGCUUUCGGUCUUUUGAAGUGCAAAUUUCGUAGACUCUAUUUUUUAGAUGUAGGUGACUUUGAACUUGGGCAAAAAAUGAUUGUUGCUUCAUGUAUAUUGCAUAAUUUUAUGAUAAAUAGAGGCGAGAUAGAUGUAGAAGACAAUGAAGUAAAUGAAAACGAAAUUGUAUUAAAUAAUGUCGAUAAUGAAAAUGAAAAUGAAAUGGACGAUAGAAAUGCAAUAGUGAAAAGAAAUACUUUAAUGUAUUUAUUUAGAUAAAAUAAACACACAUGAAAAACUUA